AUGGAUGCUCUUCUGCACACUCUGGUUGCCAGAGAUGAGGACAAUGGGGCUUCUCGUGGACGACGGGCAUUGGUGGUGACUGCUGUUCUGACAGCUAUUUCGACAGUCAUUGUUGCAAUGCGGUUGUAUGCUCGACUUGGUCUGAUGAAAAUCACCGGUCGUGAGGAUUGGGCCAUUCUGAUCUCGCUGGUCUUCUCUUUAAUCUAUCUUGCCCUAGUCGCUGCCCAACUGAAUUACGGCAUGGGCAUUCACUCCUCGCUGCUCUCGAGUCAUGUAUUGCAGCAACAACUUAAGUGUUUGUGGGCCGCUAUCCCCAUGUACAACGCCAGCCUAGCAUUCACCAAAUUCUCCAUUCUUUUCCAAUAUCUACGUAUUUUCCCAGGUCGAUCCUUCCGCAUCGCCUGUCACAUCAUGAUCGCCAUUGUGGCCACCUACUCAGCCUGGGCCAUCGUCAGCGGCUAUGUCAACUGCGUCCCCGUGGCCAAAUUCUGGAACCACGACCUACCAGGAACCUGUCUCAACUUCGAAGCGGUCUGGUUUUUCAACGCAUCAAUGAACAUUGCAACCGACAUCACCCUUCUUGUCCUCCCCAUGCCCCUCCUCUCGCAACUACAGCUCCCCCGCAUGCAAAAGAUUGCCCUAAUGGGCGUCUUCGCCAUCGGCAUCCUCGUCGUGGUAACCAGCAUCCUGCGCCUCUCGAGUCUCCGCGAAGUAGCCAAGAGCCCUGAUACAUCAUACAGCAACGUCGGUGCCGCCUACUGGACUGCCGCAGAAUGCAACGUAGCCAUCAUAUGUUCGUGCCUGCCCUUCCUGCGCCCGAUCAUCAGCAGCAUCUUCCCCAAGCUCCUGUCCACGAACAGCUACAACCGCUACACGGGUAACAAGCCCACGGUGACGAAUUUGACAGCCACCCGCACGCAGACCCGUCAUACGCAGCUGUUCAGCCAAAACCAGGAUAAGGACUUUGAUAUGUAUUCUAUCAAUGUCAAGCCUGGGGAUCGGUCGAGUCAUAGCUCCUUUGGGGGGAUCGAGGUCACUACUGAGAUGACUAUUGUCCAGGAGAGUACGAAGCUGGAUAAUGAUGAGCGGAGGUUAGUUGGGGAUGUUUGA